AUGGCAAAAUGCGGAAGGAAUAUUUAUACUGCUAUUUCUACUACUGCUAUUCUAGAAAGUACUGUUCUAAUGCUUAACGGGAAUAAUUUUUCUGAGUGGAAAGAAAAUUUACUUUUCUAUUUGGGGUGCUUAGAACUUGAUUUGGCGCUCUGUGAGGACGAACCACCUGCCCUCACGGAUACUAGUACGCCAUUAGAAGGUACGAAGCAUGAGAGGUGGGAGCGAUCUAAUCGCCUAAGUCUCAUGUUUAUGAAGUCUCACGUAACUAAGGGCAUUAGGGGUUCUAUCCCUGAAUGCAAAAGGGCAACAGAGUUCAUGCGGGCCGUUGAUGAACAAUUUGUAAGUUCCGAUAAGGCAUUGGCAAGCACCCUAAUGAAGAAACUCUCAAGUAAAACCUUUGAUAGAUCCAUAAGUGUGCGAGAGCACAUUAUGGAAAUGAGGGACAUGGCAACUCAACUGAAGUCCCUAGAGGUUGAUAUUUCUGAUUCCUUCUUAGUUCAUUUCAUCUUGAACUCACUCCCGACUGAGUACACUCCUUUCAAGAUAUCCUAUAACACACAUAAGGAUAAAUGGUCAGUGAAUGAACUUCUGACCAUUUGUGUUCAGGAGGAGGAAAGGCUAAAGCAGGAGAAACCACAGAGUGUUCACUUUGUAGCUACUCAUGAUAAGGGAAAGAGUAAAAGAGGCAAAAGUGCCCCGCAUCUCAAGAAAGAUAACAAGCUGUCAAUCAAGAAAAAUGACAAUAAGGAUACUUGUUUCUUCUGCAAGAAAGGGAGGCAUAUGAAGAAGGAUUGCCAAAAGUACAAGAGAUAA